CAAGCCGAACAGCCGAAGUCGCAGCGGUCGCGACAUGACGCGACUCUCGUUCACCGUGUGCGCACGCCCUUCCCAGAUAUCAGCGCUGACUGCUCUUCACCUGUGUUAGUCGUCCGCUUACAACUACGGCUGUUUCCCUCGCCCGUUUAUUCUCUCCCCGGUUGAUGAUUGCAUGGUGAUUGCUUUCGGAGCGCCUCGUGAAUUUACAGCUGCGCCGCCAACCGCUUUCGCGGGUGUCAAGCUGUGCGGGAUUGUGACUGUGCGAGCUGUUCACGGCUCUUCACUUUCGCGCCUCAUCUCUUCCCUGCAGUGUGGACUGACCUUCAGCCGUUCAACGCUCUACCUGUGACAUGGCGGGCUGCUUGAUGUGGGUUCUGUAUGUGGCUUUACCGUGGCUCAUGGCUCUUACUGCGUGGCUGAAAAUUGCCGACGCUGACCUCACGCUCCUGUUCAGGUCCAAGUUCGGACGUUCGAUAGCAACCCUGAAAGGCAAAGUGAUAUGGAUCACAGGUGCAUCUAGUGGAAUUGGCGAGUACCUUGCAUAUGAGCUGGCCAAGGUAGGAUCAUGCCUAGUCCUUUCUGGCACCAACUUGGACAACUUGGAGCAUGUGAAAAACCACUGCCUUGAGUUCGGGAAAGGAAAAGGCACUGAAGUCCUUGUACUCCCAUUCAGCAUUUGCGACUUCUCGUCACACAGUGAGCAGCUCCAGAAGGUCUUGGACCGUUUCGGCAGGCUGGACAUACUGGUCAACAAUGCCGGGCGCAGUCAGCGUGCCUCCUUUGAGGAGAUUCCUGUCGAGAUUGACAAGGAGAUGUUCGACUGCAAUGUCUUUGGUGCUGUGUCCCUUACGCGGGUUGUUGUCAAGUACUUCAAGGAAAAGAAUGUGCAAGGUCAUGUUGUUGUCACCAGCAGCACGGCUGGAAAGCUGGGUGCACCUUUCUCAGCCACCUACACUGGUUCCAAGCACGCACUUCAGGGCUACUUUGAGUGCUUGCGCCUGGAAGGUGUGAUCUUAGGAGGAUUAGACGUCACUAUUGCCUGUCCAGGACCAGUUUUUUCACGCAUCCGGGAGCGUGCAUUUACUGCCACCCCUGGCAAGCUGUACAACAUGAAGGACACCCCUAAGUCUCGGCUCAUGCCCACUGAGCGGUGUAGUCGACUUAUGGCUGUUGCCAUAGCCAAUAAGAUGGACGAGGUCUGGAUUUCUGAAAAUCCUAUCUUGCUCACCAUGUAUCUGGCACAGUAUGCACCAUCUAUAUUCAGGAACUAUAUUAUGAAGUUGCUCUUCACCAAAGAAAGAGUGAUGAAGCUGAGGGAGGGCCAGUAGAGAGCUGCUGAUACAUUCGAGUGGCUGGUUCCUGUACCCUAGUUGCGCAUAUUGCUUGUUCAAAAAAAAAGAGACUUUUUUUUUGUACCUGCUGCUUGCUUAUGCUCCUGUGCUUAUAAGCACACAAAUUGGGAGCAUGCUAUCGCAUCCAGCAGGCACAUGGCAUGUUGAUCAUGCCUAACGUGCAUAUGUAAAGUGUGCACAAUUUUUUAAUAAAUACUGUGAUCUCUUAGUAAAA